AUGGCGGCGCCGGCUGCGGGGCUGCGCGCUGUGUGGAGCCGCGUGUGGUCGGGGAGCCGUCGCUGUCGCUGCCGCUGUGAUGGCGCUGGAGCGCGGGACCGCCUCAAGCACACGGCGGCGGCGGCGGCGGCGGCGAUCGCCAGGCCUGAGCCGGGCGCCGGGGAGGCGGUGGAGCGGGAGGCCGAGCGGCGCGAUUUGCAGGAGCUGCUUCAGGAAUUCCCUCAGCCUAAGAACCUCCUGGCUCGAGUAGUGCAGCGAGCGCUCAAGCGUCCUGACGUCAAGGAUCACAUUGUUUACCAGUCCAGCGACGGAGCGCUGAAGAAAACCACGCUGCAGAUCCACUGGCCAAAGACAAUCCAGGUAGAAGGUUACGGCAGUAAGAAGAUCGAUGCAGAGAGACACGCAGCAGCCAAUGCCUGCAAACUUCUCAAGGAGUGGGGUUUGCUGGGGCCCCACAACCAGCUGUUCCCCACCCAAGACUAUGAGGAGCUGGUGGAGAGGUUAGAUCAGACGGGAGGAGCAGGUUGGCGGGAACUGAACGAAGAGGGCGAAAAGGCAGAAGGGACCAUGGAUUGUACGAACUUCGUAUCUGCGGCACAGAACAGCCCCAGAGCAGGACACAGGGAGGUGUUGGACACCGGCGCUGCCCGAGCUCUCACUCAGUUUCCGCAGCCAAAAUAUCUGCUCUCCAAAGUCAUCCAGAUCGCAACCUCCUCCGCUACAGUCACAGACUGUGUGAGAUACAUCACUGAUGGAGGCUCGGUGAAGACAUGCCGACUGGAGCUGCAGUGGCCGUCCCCGAUGAGUUUCUCAGCGAGCGGGCGGCGGAAGAGUGAUGCAGAGCGCAGGGCAGCAGCUCUGGCCUGUCAGAGGCUGAAGGAGCUGGGUUUUCUGGACAAGAGGAACCGGCCGCUGACUCACGCCACGUACAACCAGACCGCCGUCAAGGCACUGAGCAUGAAGGAGCGGCGUCCAACCAAACUACACAUUCCCAGUGGCCUGAGGCAGAGGAUCCAGGAAUACCUGCUCCAGCCGCGGGGCAGUGAGAAGCGUUGGGGAUGA